CCGCGUCGUUCCGGGUGCUGUGCGUGAUCCCCUCCUCCCGGCCGGCUGGCGGGGAGGCAGCCGGAGCCGUCGUGGCAUCUCCCCGGCUGCUGUAUAAACGAGAGCGAUCCCGGCCUGGAGCCGCUCACUGCCGGCUGGCCGCUCUCCUGCUGCCCCUUCCCCGCUAGCCCGGCUCCUCGUCUCCGGUGGCGCGGUGCGUCCCGGCACGGGGGCCGCUCGCCGCGGGAGGGCUGGGAGGACUGCUGACUCACUCCCAGCCUCCUCGGCCGCGAGGAUCCCAUCUGCCUGGCUCUUGGAUUAGCUCCUACCGACCAAUUUGCUGCUCCGUGAAAUCCCUCCGGAAUUGAGGACAGCCGAGCGGAUCGAAGGCCAGCACCCUGCACCCAGCCCCUGCCCCGUGCGGACGCCUCGGUGCCUUCCCGGCUCUCCGGUUAGCAAGGCGCGCGGCGCCAGCAGCACCCAGGCCAUGACCAGCCGAGGAGCCGCCAGGCCGAACGGGCAGUCCCAAGCCAGUAAAAUCUGUCAGUUCAAACUGGUGCUGCUGGGCGAGUCGGCGGUGGGGAAAUCCAGCCUGGUGCUGCGCUUCGUCAAGGGCCAGUUCCACGAGUACCAGGAGAGCACCAUCGGCGCGGCGUUCCUUACACAGUCCGUCUGCCUGGAUGACACAACGGUAAAGUUUGAGAUCUGGGAUACGGCCGGCCAGGAGAGAUACCACAGUCUGGCCCCGAUGUACUACCGGGGGGCCCAGGCCGCCAUCGUGGUCUAUGAUAUCACCAACCAGGAAACGUUUGCGCGGGCGAAGACAUGGGUGAAGGAGCUGCAGAGACAAGCCAGCCCCAGCAUCGUCAUCGCCCUCGCGGGCAACAAGGCCGACCUGGCCAGCAAACGCAUGGUGGAAUACGAAGAGGCGCAGGCCUACGCAGAUGACAACAGCCUAUUGUUCAUGGAGACGUCGGCCAAGACAGCGAUGAAUGUGAACGACCUCUUCCUGGCCAUCGCCAAGAAGCUGCCAAAGAGCGAGCCCCAGAGCACGAGCGGAGCGGCGGGCCGGAGCAGAGGCGUGGACCUGCACGAGCAGAGCCAGCAGAACAAGAGCCAGUGUUGUAGCAACUAAAGGGGCGGCCUCCGCCAGCGCGAGAGGAAGAGCUAAGAUAAUAACCUCCAUCCCCGUCCACCACACCUCACCUCCAUAACGGCACACCGAGAAACCCGUCUGAACCAAAACCCUCCCGAGAGCUCCCUCUAACUGCACUUUUUAAUGCUUCAAAACCACCACCGCACCCGUUACCACCAUCCCGAUGGCAGUGGAACUAGAUCAGCCGGGGACUUAACUUCCAAAAAAAAACAAACCAACAAACUCUUCUUCACUUUGUAUUAUAGGUGCAAAUAGCGACCUAAUAUUCUGAUUUUUCUCCCUCCAUCUUCCUCCCCCUCCCGCCCCCCUCUCUGCUUUGGUAAAUCUGGGUUCCCAUUAACGUCUCUCCUUCCGCCCUCCCCGUAGAGCUGGGGCGGGGAGAGACCCGAGGAGGUGGCAGCAUCGGCCUCGGAGGUUCACGUUGUGGCGAACCAGCUGGAACCAGCGACCUCCAGAACACACGGGAUUUUUCCACGGGGGUCUGUCAUGGAUUUCUUUUUUCUUUUUUUUUCUUUUUUUUUUUUCUCCCUCCUGUUUCUUCUGUUUGGCUGUCGGGGGGAGGGAGGAAAGCUGCAGUGUCCUUAAUUUCUUCCUAGGUGGCCUUUUUUCUGGAGGAUCGGAAGUGCCUGGGGACUUUUUAUAGGGGGAGGGGGGGGGAGAAGCGGGGCGACCGCCGGACCCCGAGCACCGAUCACUUCCCCACCGCUCCACCUUCGCCCGUAGAGCUGUCGCACAUUAUCACCGCGGCCAUCCCGCGAGCGACAGCGAUGUCGCUCCGGUGAUCCCGACGCCGGCGGGGCGUGAGCGGCCACGGUGACGAACCCACCGCUUUCUCCUCUCGCUCCGUGGUUUGGCCCCGGCGAGCGGGGGGUGUCUCUGGUUUGCACUUUAGUCCUGGAAAUGUCCCGUUAAGAUGCACCUUGGUGGUUUUGGGGGGGUUUUUUUGGGUUGUUGGUUGUUUUUUUUCUCUCGAUCCUGUCGGGUCCAAGCCCUCGGGGGCGGCGGAGGGGGAAAGAAGGGGUCGUGCUGAUCCCGUUUUUGUUUCUGCUUUCCCCAAGGAGCUCCCUCGGCUGGAGGAGCCCUCGGUUCCGUGCCCGGGAGGGUCGGCGCGUUACCAGGCGCCGUCGGUCGGUCGGUCCCGGCAGCGAGACGCCCCCGCCGCCCUCUCGGGGGGGAUGCAGGUGGCACCCCCGGGUGCUGUGCAGGUGCCUCUGGUCAGGGCGCUGCAGCAGGAGGGGUCACCCCAAAAGCGGGGACACCCCGAAGCAGCAGCACGUCUGCAGAGGGCAGCACCGCCCGGGCAAUGUGUCCCAGCACCGGGGCCGGAUCCUGCUGCUCCCAACGCCUGCCAGCAGCACCCCGCUCUGCCCCGGGGGUGUCCCACUUGCGGGGGGGGGGGGGGGGGCUCUGGGGAGCUCCCGGGGCCGUGGGGCAGAGGGAGCAGUCUCGUAUGAAGCCCGCCAGCGCGGGGGCAGAGCCCGCAGGCAGAUGAACCCCUUCCCCACCGCCCCGGCCCCCGCCGCAGGGCAGUGUUGUGUUCCCCCCCCGAGCCAGUCUGGCUUCCCGGUACCGGUAGAGCUUUGUGCCACGACGUGGGCAACCGGUUGUGUCGUCUCUUGGCCUGGGGUCCAGCUGACGGAGCCCCCCCCGCGUCGGUGACGUGUAUUUAAGCAGGGACCGUGGCCCCGUUCCCCCCUCCCACGGUGUCCCUCACCCUGCCGAGACCCCCCCCUUUCCCCGACAUCUUCUGGCCAAAACCCUGGACCAAAUGGGGACACUGCAGCUUUCCUCACUUUUUUUUUUUUUUAAUUUUGUUUUCCUUUUUCUUCUGCUUCUCCUCUGAUAUAAUUAUUACUCUUUUUUUCUUUUUUUUCUUUUUUUUUUUUUUGCUUUGAGAAAGCUCCUCCAUUGCAUUUAAAUAACAAUCAUGGUAACAGAA